AGCAGCAUCUCAGUUGUGCGCUCGAAGGCGGCGUGAGCGUACAUGUAGUUCUUCGGGUCCGAGCUGCGCACUCUCCGAGUCUCUUGCGAUUACGAAGUCUCGAUCGUUCGUGCUGCUGUAAAAGGCAAUCAAAAGUGGUGGUUGUGUGGUCUCAGUUUUUGGAUUUUACCGUCGCUCCUAUUCUGAGAUGUGACAGUGUUUCGAACUUUUAGUAUAAUUCGCUUUAGUGAAAAAAUAGGACAUUUUCAGAGAAAAGUUAAGCGAGCGAAAAACUGACGUUAAUUUCGAGUUCCGGUAACAGAAAUAUCGACCGAAAAGUGAACAUUACACUGGAACACAAUCACAGCCACCCAACAACAACAUAACAAAAAUAAACGACUAAACGAAAAAAACAACAUUUAGAUAAAUAUCUUUUUAAAAAAAUCCAUACCCAUAAAACCUUCCAAAAGCCCCGGGGGCAUUUCAGGACCCAUCUUCAGCCCUUCGGCAAGAACCAGGAACAACAACAAGAGGACGAGAGAAAGGGGGGAAUAGAAAGGCGAACUUCUAAAUGAAGUACACUACUACCUUGGUCCUCUCCGUCUUUUGGAUUGUUGCGGUUUUGAAAUAACUGGGAAAUACGAGACUUCUUCAACAACAAGUAGUACAACAGCUGCUUUUUUUUCUUCUGAGGAUUAACCGUGUUAUGGAUUCGACAAAAGUCACCUUCUGGACUUCUCUUCCUUCUCUGCGGACUUGAGAGUUUGCUUUUCGUACAUCCUCUUUGUACGCAGAAGAGAGAAACUGAGAUCGAGGAAAACAUAUAAAGCUGUGUGGAAGCUUUUUAUACUUACUCUUCUAGUUAUUCAUCUGUAAACAUCAUCAUCAACAAGAUGAACCAACUGUGCAAAGUGUGCGGCGAACCUGCAGCAGGUUUCCAUUUUGGUGCCUUUACUUGCGAAGGAUGCAAGUCAUUUUUCGGAAGGACGUACAACAAUUUGUCUCAGGUGCAUGAGUGCAAGAAUGGUGGCCAGUGCGUCAUCAACAAGCAGAACAGGACUUCUUGCAAGGCUUGCAGGCUACGAAAGUGUCUCGUGGUGGGCAUGUCCAAAAGUGGUUCAAGAUAUGGACGUCGAUCCAACUGGUUCAAAAUCCACUGUUUGCUUCAAGAACAGGCGGCCCAGAUGAAUAAUGGCAUGGAAGGGGGCGGGGGCUCAUUCCAUGGGGCCAUGCCCGGGUCCCUCUCACUUAGUCCGGCGUCCAUGCCCGCCCUUUCUCCCGUCAAAUCAGAGGACGAUGCAAAAGUCGAAAGUCCGAUCCUGUCAUCACCCGAGAGCUGCCCAUCAGAAACCAGCGUCGACGUGGAGCCCCGACGCACUUCUUCACCGAAGGAUAUGAGCGUUGGCGAGGGUGUAGGGCGAGGUACUGACAGAUAUCCCCACGGGGACACCGGCGCACGGGGCGAUCAUCGAGACGUCAGCCGUCGGGAUCUGCUGAAUGCGGCUAAUUUUCCCUUAUACGGCUUCCAUCCUGGGCUCUCCAUCUUGCAUGCUACUCAGCUGUACUCGCGAUUUUACUCUCCUGUGUAUUCUCAGCUGCCUCACUCACUCCUCGCUCCCACAGCCGCUGCGCUCGCCAGGCCUCAUCCACCUCCCAGCCCACCCAAGGAAUCUUCCAGAAGUCCACGUAUGUGCAGCCCAGCUUCUUUCAGCCCGCAAUCUUUUAGCCCUCGCCACAACAGUCCACGGCCCAUGAGUCCUUCAAGCAGACAGUCCAAUGAUUACCGGCCGACCCUGGCCCAUCCCCAAGCUCUGCCAAUUGGUUUCCCUUUGAACAGGAAACGUGUGGCAGAUUCUCCCGUCGAAGAAAUGUGGGAAGCUAGUCCCGCCCCUGAGCAAGAUGCCCCAAUCGACCUAAGUGUUAAAAGGCCUCGCAUUCUGCCGCCUUCGCCAUCGACACAAACGCCAGUGUCACCGCCAGUCUCUCCCGUGCACACGCCAAUCCCAACUUCCACAACCCCUGUGGAUCUAACAACGAAAGCGUGAGAGAAGAAAAACAGAACAUCGUACCCUAAGAAAUUGAUAAAUAGUGCAGUACUGGAUUUCACGAAUAUCCCUGUUCCCACUGCCGUUCAUUUUUUCUAUGUAUAUACCAAUAAGGUACAAACCGUUUUAAUAUGCAACACUUACCGGAAGGCAGACUUCAAAUUACACUCACAGAUACGUACAAUGUAUGAGCUGAAGCGAAAAAAAGAGAAAAACCAUGUAAGACUCUACAGAUGAACCUAAUGUGCAUCACUUGCUUACACAAAGACACAUACACACAAAAAUUUUAUUUAAUAGCAUAGAAGUCCCUCAAAUGUACGUACCUGUUUAUACUUCCUAAUUUCCUCGCACAAGCCGCUGCUUCAAAGUUAUGAUCAGAAAGAGAGAAAGAAAAACAUAAACCAAACAGACAAAACAAAAAAAACAUUUGUCUACGAGAAAGAAAAUACUCUGAUUAUAAGGGAUGUUGUUAAGUCUGAAUGAUCUCAUACAUAAAGAAAAAUGUAUAUCUAUAUCAAAUUAUAUCUGAUAGAAAACAUGUACACAUAUUUUUUUUUCUACGUAAAAAAUACAUAUUCUCAGAAUAAAAAUAUCGAACUGACGAGUGAAACAAAUGCAAGAAAAUUCGACUCGCAAACCAGGCUUAGAUAUAGUUCAGAUCAAGGGCAUCGGCUGGUCUGUUCAUUGUCAGUUACUUAGUCCCGCUGUGUUGAUCGCAAUGCUGGGAAAGCUGAACAAUAAGCCAAUUUCAGUUCAGAUCUGGAAAAAAAAAAAGUGAAAACAGACGGAUGUUUGCUUCGUGAGACUAGUAUUUCUUAAGUCUACUCGAGAUCGAGUGUAGUAGACCGCCAUAAACAGAAAGCUAUUACUGGAGCUACAAAAUGUGUCCCAAUAGUAGUAGCAAACAUAGACCCUGUUUUUUAAUCGUUCGAGUGACAGUUUUACGACAAUAAUUUGUUACGGAAGCAAGCACCAAGUCGGAAUAACAGUAUUCUGCUUGCCUAUUUUCUUUGUUCCUUAAGGUGCUUAUGCCACCCACAUAUCAGGAAUGGUCUUCUUUUGUAAGUAGAUAAAAGAUUAUAAGAGAUUAUAAAUAGUGAUAAAAUAUAUUAAAUAAAGUUAUAUAUACUGUUAACGUCCACUGUCUGUGCCUUUUGCAUGUUUGUGUGUGUUUUGUACGUCUUCAAAGCCACCGAUAACAAACAAAGAGUUUAAUGUGAUGUUUCCCUCUAGUGUCUUCUUGUCUCUAUCUAAAAUUGUCUUUUGUCCUGAACGUAGUGAAUUAAUAGGUUCAAUGUGUAGAUAGGUAUCAAGGAACGUCUGCGAGGAGAGAGAUCUGCAUUUGAAUUGCCUCAAAAGCAGCUUGUAGGCCAGGGUAGAACUUGUGCAAUAACAAUCCUAUGAGCGGUUGUUAUGAGUCGUUACAACCUGAUAUACUUAUAUGAACAGCUGUUAAUGACUCACGUGGCUACAGACAGUAUAACCUUUUGAACUCAGAGCGAAUGUUACAAAAAUGGACAAGAUUAUAGACAGUUACUACCUCCUGCGCAGCUACGAACGGUUGCUAUAACAUACUACGUGGUUAUGAGUAGUAGUCGUAACAUCUUACGUGGUUAUGAACUGGUGGUCUAGCUACCUACGCACGUAGUUAUAUAACCACCUAGAGGUUUACUAUACUAAAGGCUGGUGGUUAAUAAUAUGCGGUCAAGAAAGUUUGCUGUAACUCUUAAGUGUUGUGAACUGUAGUUACAAUUAUGUAGUACGAAAGGUUGGUAUAGCCUCCUGAGCGGUUGUUCAAGAGUGAGAAGGGAUUCGAUCAGUUCGCUAGUCCAACUUCUAUACUAGAUAGCGUUUGGGAGAAAACACCAGUUCCUUUAAUGUCUUAACAGUUAUCUCUAUUUUCCUUGGAAAUUGAUCGACAUGUUACGAAUAAAUUCGAAAGGGAAAAUAGUUUUCAUCUUUGCAUUUAAUGUUUGCUCGUAUCUGUGAUUCCUCCUGCUCUUCUCAUAUAUUAGCAAUGGAUAUAUUUUAUAUUUUACGGUCACAGUGUUUUGCCAGAAUAAGUGUCCUUCGAUUGAAAAAUGUUGUGAUAAGGGCCGUUUUCAUCAGGAAAUCAAAACUAAUGUGGUCAAUGUGAAAUUUCUUGGAUUUUGUAAAAGUAGGCUUUCGAAGAUGAGUAAUAAUGUGGUAUAUUUUCCCAUGUGAGAGAGAAAAACAAUAUAAUAAAUAGUAAAGGCUAACUUGGAGAAUGCUAAUGUUAUCUCAGGACUCACUCCUUAGGAAAAAUCAAGACCUGAAACGCUGUAAAAUUAUUUCGGUAUCUAAAUGAAAACAAACUCAAUCAUACUUACGAAAACACCAUACUCCUUCCAAGCUCCAUCAAGCAGAACCGUGCUAUUAAAAUGACUUUUUGAAAUUCUACUUCUCUUUAUAUAAAUAAGUUUCCUUCCCUUUGAUAUAGUUAUAGUUUUUUCUUUGUUAAAAUCAGAUUGACUGUAUAGUAGUAGAGGUUUGUUUACUAUUUAUGUGUGUACAUGUGUUUGUAUAUAUGAGCCAUGUAAAUAUUGCAGAGGCCAGUUAUUAUGAAUUGCUUGUGUCCUAAUAAAAAUUAUAUAGAUUA